AUGUGGAAUGACGGCAACGUUCGUACACCGGAGGCAUCGUCGGAAGAUUCUGGUUCGGAGGACGAAGAUGCUGCCGACGAUGUGAAUUAUAGUGCGCAUUUUGCCACAGACACGCUGUUUCCAACGUUUGAUGAGGCAGUUAAUUGGGCGUAUGCUGUUGCCGUGAAUCUCGGUUUUCUUUUGGUUAAAUCGUCUUACAACAAAACUAGAGACGGUCGGCCGUACCGGUAUUUGAGGUGUGAUAGGGGCCGAAAGAGCCAGCCGAGAGAUCUUGAGAAUGCAAUUAGGGUGGACACCAAAACCAAAGCAAUUGGUUGUCCUUUCUACAUCAAGAUUUAUUAUGUCUUCGUCACCGACAGUUGGAAGAUACGGACCAAGAAUGAUGCAACUGGGACCCAUAACCAUCCAAUGAUUGUCUAUCCGGAGGGUCAUCGUAAGAUCAGUGGCUUGAGCCCGGAAGCCAAGAAGGUUGUGCAGGACAUGACAAAGUCCAAGGUUGCACCGCGGAACAUCAUGGCGACAAUUGCAGAGCAAUUUCCCGAGGAUCAUCCAAACAUCCGACAUAUCUACAACUGCCGGAAUGACUUGAGAGCGGAGAUGUCUGAUGGGAGAGGAGUUGUUCAGCAAUUUCUACAUUUGGCGAGAGAGAACCGGUAUAUUUACUGGGUCAUGUCUGAUGAUGUCAACGUUAUGCAGCAUGCGUUUAUGGUGCACCCGAUCACGGUGAACAUACUACGGACGUAUCCGUAUGUGAUCGGUAUGGAUUCGACAUACAAGACCAACCGAUACGGGAUGCCGUUCUUCGAGAUAGUCGGUGUGACACCGACAAAUCUGAAUUUUCUCGUCGGUUAUGUGUUCAUGCGCAACGAGUGCACGGGAAGCUACCGGUGGGUCCUUCAGAGAUUACGAGAGUUGAUUGGGUAUGAUAAGGAGCCGUCGGUAUUUCUGACAGACCGUGAGCUUGGACUUUGUGCGGCAUUGAGAGAAGAGUUUCCAGCGACAUCGCAUUUACUUUGUCGAUGGCACAUUAACAAAGAUGUGGAGGCCCGGGUCACCAAUAUGUUCAAGAAUAAGAAAAUUGGGGCGCAAUUCAAAAACGGUCAUUGGAAACGUAUCAUGGAUGCCGCGACCGAGGCGGAUUAUAACUCAGCUGUAGACAGAAUGAAAACUCGGUGGGCUAGUUUCCCUAGUGUGAUUAGUUAUGUCGAGAGAACCUGGCUUUGUCAUAAGACCAAAUUCGUGACAUUCUGGACGAACCAGGUUCUGCACCUCGGUAACACGAGCACUUGCCGAGUUGAAAGUCAACAUUCGGCCGUGAAGAUGUGGUUCGAGUCUUCGACAGGUUUUUAA